AUGGACAUUGAGAAGUUCCACCCACUCAUUCCACUCUACAUCAAAGCCUAUCGUUCCACCUAUAAACAUGAAAUCAAACCAUUCUUUUCGACAAUACAACAUUCAAUAUUAAAAGAAACAAAAGAUCAAAAUGACUUUUUCUCUUCACAUGUAAAGAAAUCAGUAGAGUUGGCAUCAUCGAAUACAACAGCCUCUAGUACACCUGUAAAGCAAACAAAGAAACGAACCAUAGAUAAAGCAUUCCGUUUCGGAUUGUCUUGUGUGGAGAAUGCAAUCAUGUCGGAACAACAGUUCCUGAUGGAGUAUUUCUUGUUUACCGAUCCACCCACUGCACCAAAGCCAAGUCAUUCUCAUAGUCAUAGCAGUGGUGGUGGUAGUAGUGCUUCUAGUCAUGGUCAUCAAAGAUCAGGUUCAGUUUCAUCAAAAGACAAAGACGGUAAGCUGGGUGUUGGUGCACCAACACUCGGUGGUGUUUCUCUCGACGGUGGACUGGAAAAUCCGUUGGAUCAUAUACUAUCAGAGAUGUUUGAUUGUGUUGCACCGGAGCUCAAAGAAAUGGUAGAGAAAGCCGAUCAAAUCAAUCCAUUCUACCUACUUACAAUGUUGAUCGACACCGAGCAAUUCAUCUCUUCACACACAACACUCGGUCCAACCUACAGUUCAUUCAUAAUCAAAACACUCUCUGAAGUUCAAAAGACAAUGAAAUCAUUAUUUAACAAGUUCAUUGAUUUACAAUCGGAUUCAAUUAAAUCAGCACAACCUUCAUUAAAGAAAUGUGGUGUGUUGUCACAUUUCAAACAUUUCCCAAUAUUCGUUAAUUCUUUGGAGAAGUAUCGAUCGAAUGUAGAGAUGGAAUCGGUGUCAUCGCUGAUCAAUUCCAGCUACUAUAAGAUUGUGGUGGCGCUGAACAAUUGGAUCGACGGACUGGUCGAGAAGCAACCACCCGAUGACAAGUACAGAUUCAUCGCAUUGGUUGAAAACUACUAUUUCAUCACAAUCAAGAUGGCAGAGAUCGGCAUACCCUGUCUCAAAACCUAUUUGGAUACAGCGACACAGCGUUAUCAAAUGGUUGAGAAAUAUAAAACUGAAAAUAUUGAGAAAGGUUUAAUUAAAGCAUUACAUAAUAUCUAUAAACAUAUUACAAAAGAUUCAACAUUGAUUUUGGUUAUUUGGGAGAGAUUAGAGGAGGUUUUCAUUGAAAAGUAUGAUCAUUACCAAGAUUUGGCACACCAAUGUUAUCAACAAUCAAUGCCUGUAUCAUCAGAUCAAAUCAAGGGAAUAUUUGCAACUGUAAUAAAAAAGAAUCCUAAUAAAUAA